GUGAGGCUGCUGGAGGAGCUGGUCUCCACCACCACAGCAGGAUUGGCAAGACUGCUGGCACAUUUGGUGACCUGCAGGCCAGGCUGAGCACAACUGACCCAAUCUGUGGAUUUCUGUCACACUUCACACUUGUCCAUUACAGCUAGAGCUACACGCAGUUGCUGAAGGCAGCGUGGUGGUACCCAGGACUGGACAUCCUGAGGAGUCAGAGCAGCAGAGGAGCAGGCCUCACUCUAAACCCAUCCCUCUAAAAAACCGCAUGGCCAUGUAUCAAGCUGCUGUGUCCAAGCAGGACACACCAGGCAUCUCCAACGGGGUCAUGAAGGAAGCUGAUGUCUGCUCUGUGCCUGGAGGGCUGGCCAGCAUUCGCAGACAUUUUGAGAGUGAAGAGAAGUCUUCCACUCGCACAGUUACACAGUUUCACACCACACACAGAUCCAUGCAGGAAGUGUCAAACUCAUCUGAGCUAUCGGUGAGAAGAGGAAUUAAAGAAGGAGGCUCCCAACAGGAUGAAAGGGUUUCACAUCAAGCUGUUCACCAGGUAGUGGCCUCUAGUGUCGAAAACCAUCAUAGCGAGAAUGAUGAAGAGGAGUAUUAUCCAAAACUCUCAGCCAAAGAACUGGCGCGGCACUUUGAGAAAACCAUUGAGGAAGCUGCUCCAAAUAAGAAAAUUAAGACUGAAUAUAGAGUCAGGCAUUCUCAGCAGGCCUCGGAUAUAAACGUAUCCCAUCAGGCUUUCAUGGAUGACAUGCGGGUCCAAUCAAACGAUAAAGCAGAAGCUUCCGGAACAGAUUCAGGGCAUUUAGGAUUUGUGCCUUCUAAUGAUGAUGAUGAAGACUUGGAUUACUUACCUCCUCCACCACCAGACUUACUGGAGGAUCUCCCUGAAGACAUAGUUUUCCCAGAGCCCCCUGAACCAACACCCCCAAUGAAGCACAUCAUUCACAAAGAUCAAUACAGUAAACAGAGAGAACUGCAGGAAGUGAAGCGCCUGUGCAAGCACAUUCACCCUGAUGUUAGGAAAGACCUGGAGCAAGAUUUAUAUAACGAGGUAAAUGAGAUGGACAUGGAUGAGGAGAUAGUAGGUGAUGUACAAGAUGCCAUACACCAGUUUGAACACAGUGGUAGUAGCCCUAACAGAAGCCCAGAGAGAGAAUAUCUGGAAUGGGAUGAAAUCCUGCGAGGGGAGGUACAGUCUAUGCGCUGGAUGUUUGAAAAUAAACCUCUCGACUGCAUUAAGAACUGUUCCGAUGACGAUGAGGAAAUCGGAAAUCCAGUUCAACAAGAAAUCAUAGCUGGAGGUGAUGUAAAAAACACGGCUUUGUUGUUUGAGACUCAACACACAUUAGAGUUGGAUACUAGUAAGUCUGCAAAGAUAGCUUCUUACAAUGAAAUGGGUAAAAAAGAUGUGCGUGCAGCAGCCUGGUUGUUUGAAACAAAGCCAAUGGACUCACUGAAUAAGAUGCAUGGUGACGAUGAGCAAACCAAAGAGGUUAUCUUUACACAAGAAGCAAUCCAUGGUAAUGUGAAAUCUAUGCGGUACAUGUUUGAAAAUCAGGGAAUGGAUUCUGUGGGUGAUACUGAAACCAUGGAUGAAAAGCACCUUCUAAGUCUAAAAUCUGUCAUGGAAGAGAUUAAAGCUGAUGUGAAGAUAACUGUCUGGCACUUUGAAACCCAGUGUAUGUGUGUUUUAAGGGAGCACUCAGGUCAAAUAGUAGAAAUUACAUGUGUUCGCCGUGAAGAGACAGAGAAAGGUGAUGUCAAAACAUCACGGUGGCUUUUUGAGACACAGCCUCUUGACAAAAUCAACAAAGACCUUUCUGAAGUUAGGCUUAUCUCCAGUAUUUCAUUGGAAGACAAUAUUAAAGGUGAUGUGAAAAGAGGAAGAUGGUUAUUUGAAACCAAAAUGCUGAACUCUUCAAAUGAAGAGUGGGAAAGGAUACUUAGACAACAAAGAGAGGAGAUUCUUGGGGCUGAUGUACGCAAACAAUGCAUGAUGUUUGAGACUCAGCCCAUGGAUACUCUAAAAGAUGAUUCCAACUCCAGACCCAUCACCACUGAAAUCCUCGGUGGUGAUGUACAAACAGUAAGACAUUUAUUUGAAACGGCACCAUUAGAAGAACUCAAAGAACUGCCAGAGGUGGGAAAGCUAAAGAAAAGGCUAGCAAGUGAUGAAGACAAAGGGGACCUACGACACCAAAAAUGGAUGUUGGAGAAUCCACGUCUUGAGGACAUUCAAAAUGAGGAUGAUGCAAUGGGAAAGGUAAAGAAAAUAGCUGCCUCAGAAGAAGAGAAAGGUGAUGUAAAACAUCAAAAAUGGCUAUUUGAAAACAAGAGACUCGAAGAUAUCAGAGAGGAAAAGAAGGAAGUGAUGAAAACGAUUAACAUCAAACAGACAGAUGAAGUAAACUACAAAGGUGAUGUGCGCAGGAAUUGCUGGGUAUUUGAGACUCAGUCUAUGGACACAUUAAAGGAUGACUCAAACACCAGACCUGUGAAAAUGGAAGAAAUCAUUGGAGGGGAUGUUCAAAGCGCCAGGCACUUUUUUGAAACUGUACCACAAGAUGAGUUGAAGGAACUUGCUGAAGUGGGUAAACUCAAAAAAAGUUUGACAGCUGAAGAGGAGAAGGGUGAUGUUCAGCACCAGAAACUGGUGUUUGAAAGCCAGCCACUAGAACAAAUUAGGGAUGAAAAAAAGGAAAUCACUCGAACAGUGAAUAUAGAGGAUAUUGAAAAAGUGGAUGUAACAAAUUACAUGCAAAUCUUUGAAACAUGUGAUAUGGGCAGAUAUGAUGAAAGUCAAAGAAUUCAAGUUGAAGGUGUGACCGAAGGCUCUGUACAAUCCAACAAAGAGUUUUUUGAAUCUGUACCAAUUUAUGCCAUGCAGGAUAGCUCGGGCCACUAUCAUGAAGUGAAAACUGUGAGGCGUGAAGAGGUUGUGAAAGGAGAUGUGAAAACCUGUAAGUGGAUGUUUGAAACCUGCCCUAUUGACCAGUUUGACGAAAGUAUAAGCAAGUACCAAGUCAUUAAAGGUAUUACUCAGCAAGAGGUCGAAACAGGUACAGUCAAAACAGCUAAAUGGCUUUUUGAAACACAGCCUCUUGAUGCCAUCAAAUACUUCAGCAACAUUGAAGAUGAAGAGUGUGUUAUUAAAGAGACAACUGAUAUAGUGAAAGGUGAUGUAAAGACCUGUAAGUGGCUAUUUGAGACCAAACCGAUGGAUGUGCUGUAUGAAAAGGUUGAGCUCAAGAGUGAAAAUGGAAAUAACGAGGUUCGGAAAGGUGACGUUAAAACCUGCACCUGGCUCUUUGAAACUCAAGCGCUUGAUGCCAUCCGAGAUGAGUCUGAGACUGUAUUGAAAACUUGCACUGUAAAGCAAGAAGACAUUCAGGGGAAAGAUGUACGUACCGCUUGCUUCCUCUUUGAGACUGAGAACCUUGAAAAGAUCACCGGAGAGGAUGGAUGCACUUUUAAACAGUUAACUGAGAUUGAUAUCCAGUCUGGAGAUGUAUCACGAAUGAAAUACAUAUUUGAGAACCAGUCCUCUGAUGUCAUGACCUCAACUUCGGAGGAAUUCAUGCGCCAGCUGAGGUCAGACCAGGCUGAGGACAUUAAGAAAGGAAAUGUGGGAAAUUGCAAAUGGCUCUUUGAAAACCAUCCAAUAGAUACAAUCCAUGAGAACCCAAAUGAAGUGAAGGAGACCCGCACUGUGACUGACAUUCAAGGAGGCAAUGUGGAUAAGGGUCGGUUCGUUUUUGAGACCUGUACCUUAGAUAAAAUCCAAGAGAUCUCUUCGGAGUCAGAGAUGAAAAAACUGCAGAGAAUAAUCUGUGAGGAUGAGGAGAAAGGAGAUGUAAAAAAUUAUGCAAUGAUGUUUGAAACUCAGCCACUUUAUGCCAUCCAGGACAAAGAAGGACAUUACCAUGAAGUGACCACACUCACAAAAGAAGAGACACUGAAAGGGGAUGUAGUGGGCACCCGUUGGUUGUUUGAAACAAAGCCUCUUGAUUCCAUAAGAGAUACUGAUGAAGUCUACCUAAUCAAAGCUGUUACUGAAGAGGAUGCUCUCAAAGGUGAUGUCAGUUCUGCGAGAUGGAAAUUUGAAACCCAACCUCUUGACAAGCUUACUGACUACAGUCAAAUCUCUGUUAAAACUGUGGAAGACAUUAGAGGGGGUGAUGUCAAGACAAACAAAGAGCGCUUUGAAUCUGACUUGACAUCACAGAAGUUAGUGCGCACUGUUAGCAUGAGUGAGAUUCAUAAAGGCGAUGUUAGGGCAGCUAAGUGGAUGUUUGAGACUCGCACCAUUGAUCAGAUUCAUGGGGAAAACACCGAAAACCAGAUGGAGACAGUUGUUGUGGAAGAACAGGUUAAAGGAGAUGUAAAACAAUCUGUUUGGUUGUUUGAGAAAAAUCCACUCAAUAGUAUCAAUGAAAAGGAGGAGACUAAGCAGCUCAUUUGUGAAGAAAUACCCAAGGGAGAUGUGAAAACAACAACUUGGCUUUUUGAAACUACCCCGUUUCCUGACUUCAAUGCAAACAGCACAGUGAAAACUGAAAUCAUUGGUAAAAGUAUAAAAGAAACUCUUAAUGAGCUAUACAGUCAUAGAAUGGUAGAUUCCAAAGGCAUUAUAAUAGAGACUGAUGAGAUUGGAGAUGUGCGCAUGGCUAAGUAUAAUCUAAUGAAUAAAGAGCCCCCUGAGAUUCAGAAGGAAGAAAUCAUCAAAGGAGACUUGCAGAACAUCAUGAUGAAUCUCCUCUACAGGCAAGAGACAAAAGAAAAAGGAAUUGUUAUCAGUGCAGAGGAAAGGGGAAAUAUCAGUAACACUGUGGAACAGCUGUUCAACCAGGAUACUGACAUUAAUGUAGAAAAAGAGGAAAUUAUUCGGGGUGACAUUCAAGAAGCCAUAAACAACCUACUGAAGGAGGAGAGCACUGGCAAACAUGGCAUUCUCAUACAGGAGGAUGAAAAAGGAGAUGUGCGUAUGACUAUAUAUUCUCUUUUUAACAAACAAGAGAAUACCAAUAUUGAAAAAGAGGAUGUGAUCAAAGGCAAUGUAAAAGGCUGUCUGGAAAAACUUUAUAAUCCAGACACAGAACAGAUUGUUAGAAUUAAGGUAGAUGACACAGAAAAGGGAAAUGUAAACUUUUAUUCAACCUGCAUUGAGUCAGGUGCUCUGGACUACCUGAAAGAGCUCCAGACAGAGCACGAGGAGAUUGAAAUUAGUAAGAAAGAAAAGGAAGAAAUUGUUGGUGGUGAUAUUAAAGGGACAAAACAAAGCCUUAUGCAUAACCAAGCUAACGUCUGUCGCCUUGUGGAUAGGGAAGAUAUUGUGCCUGGUGAUGUCCAUAACACAGUCAAGGUGUUCAUGACAGAGCCUUCAAUUGAACAUAUCCAGAAAGAAGAAAUAGUAGGAGGUGAUUUAAGAGCUGUGCUGAACUCUCUGACACAGUCUAUAAAUCAGUCGGUUGUUCUGGAGAAAGAGGAGGUUGUAAAAGGUGACAUAUCCACUGCCCUCAAGUCUCUUCAGGAUGCCCAAAUGCAUCCUAAAGAGGUAGAAAAGCCUGAAAUCAUCCCUGGCAACAUCAAAGGAGCAUUGAAAUCGCUGAAAGACUUGGCUACUGCUAAAGUUGAAAUUGUUAUUGAAGAUUUAGUUCCAGGUGAUAUCAAAGGGACAUUAAAAUCUCUCGAGGAAGCCAAGCAAGCAGUGAGAGAAGUGGAGAAAGAUGAAAUUGUUAAGGGUGACAUUAAUUCAGCCUUGCAGAGUCUUCAAGAGGCUUCUAAUGAGCGAAAGGUUUACCAGCAAGAGAUAGAUGUCCAAGGAAAUGUAAAAGGGACAAUUCAGCUCUUAUUAGAAUCUCCUUCAACUCCCAGAAUGCAGCGCAGGGCCAGCACAGAGGGUGACGUGAAGCUGUCCAUCAAAUCACUAUAUGAGACACAAGAGCAGGUGCAGUCAGAAAAAGAGGAGGUGAUUAAAGGGGAUGUUAAGGGCACAAUCAAAUGCUUGCUAGAAACAGCUCAACAAGCAAGCCCAAAGAUUCCCAGGAGAGAGCCAAUAAGAAAAGUGAAAGUUCCGAAAGCAAAAAAGUCUCCACAAAAGAUUCAAUCACCUGCCAGUACAGUGAAGAAUUUAACCAAAACCAGUCAGACGACGCAUGGAAAGAUUGUAACCACCAAAUCAGUGCAAAGUGAAUCCACAUCUCAAGAGAAUAACACACUUGUCACUCAAAACACAACCAGCACACAGGCAGCAAAAACCACUGUGCUGGAACACAAAACAAUAUUGCAGACUCAUGAGGUUAAAACUUUAAAGACUGAAUUCCGCAAUCUCAAAACAAACCUCAAGGGUGUAAUAAGAUUAGAUAAAACCAAAGCCAGAGAGCAAGAGGUUCCUGUACCAUAUUUCCCAUCUUUACCUGAGCCUGAUUUCCCUGCUCCUCCAACUCCUCCUCCAGAUUAUGAUAGCCUUUCCUUUCCUACACCUCCUCCUGUUAUCCAGGGUGAUAAUGAUCUUCCUCCACCACCCAGUCCUCCUCCUUGCGACCUGAUAAAAUCAGAUCCUGAUCAUUUACCUCCCCCUCCUACUCCACCACCUCCUCCUACUGUAGAACAAGAAUUUCUUCCCCCUCCUCCAACUCAGAUGGAGCUAGACCUCAUUCCCAAUAUAACACCCACCAAGCCUAGCAAACUGACAGUAAAGCCAGUCAAAGCUCCAAUUCUGUGUAAAGUGCCAAAGUUGGAACCAGUCAUACAUCUUGACAAAGUGGAUAUACAUUCUAGAUCAGCUUUACAAGUGCCUGCAAACACUAAAAGAGUGAAAAAAAUCAGCACAUCAGAGACAGAGUGUAUGGUCUCAUCCACUCUAGUCUCAUCUGAGAUCCAAUCAUCCAUUUCAGUGAAGCCACCUGAGUCCCCACAUCCUCCCUUGGGUCCUAUUCCACCAGAUUCACCAUCGCCACCAUCUCUGAAACGUAACUUCAAAACUCCAUUAAUUAAAGCUGAGCAAAAAUACAGGCAGCAGCACAAGGAGAGCCACACAUCAUCCAGCUCCACAGCAUUUGAAAUUGACAUGCGUGCGUCCAUCAGUACAGCCCUUGAAACGCUUUCCUCAGGAGGCAAGAGCACUGCACAUUCUGAACAGGGCAUACCAUCUGAUUUCCCACAAGAGAAAACAGAAAAUAAUGUGACCAAAAUGACAUCAGACUCAGAGUUGAAUGAUUCAUCCAAGAAUGCAGCACAUUCAGAAGCUCCCCCAAGCAAGCCUUUAAUCUCGACCACAAAUAAAAAAUCUCUUUCCGAAUCUGCCAUUAUUUCCUCAGAUAAGCAGGGCGUUAUCUCUAAUCAGACAUCUCAAAGCACUUCAGUUCAGCAGCAGACCACAUCUAGCACAUCUAAAAAGAAGAAAAAAUCCCGGGCCGCAACAACUACUAUUCACCAAGUGACCUCGAGUGAUGUUAAACAGUCAGAGAUGGUUAUUAGCAAUACUGCGAACGUAGCCGCAAAUGCUCUGGAACUAGGUGAAGAAAAACAUCAUCCGACUGUUUCUACAGAUAACUCUGUGUGUAGUGCAAUUGAGUUAGAAAGUGUUGAGAAAGAUAUUGUAAAUAAUAGUUUGGCUGAAAAAUCUGUAGUGGAUAAAAGUAAGAAAAUUAAUAUCUCUGUGAAAACAGGCCAGAGAAAGACAUCCCCUGAUCAGAGCAACACUUCAAAGGUAAAUAUAGACACUGAAAUUAAAGAAGCUGAGCAAAAGGUUCAAAAAGCGAAGAAAGGCCGCAAGAAAGAUGAGGGCACCGAAAAAAAGCCUGCAGCUCAAACUCAAGUGCUAAAGGUGGAACAAGAAGACGUCCAGGUGCAAGAAAUCAGAGAAAGGAAAGUCACAGAGUCAGAGAUUAAAGGGGAAAAACAGGCCACACAAAAGCAGGGUGAGGAUAGUUUUGCCUCUCCAAAGAAAAAGAAGAGAACUAAACCCAAGAAAGAUAAGGACACAGCUCAACAAGCCCAGGGGCAAACACAAAGUAAUACCAUUCUUCCUCUGCCUGCCUCCUCCUCUGAGGUAACAUCUCCAGUUUUGACAUCUAAUCAGAAAGAAGAGGAAUUUGCGGUGGUGCAGACCCACAAAACCAUUCAAGGAGAACACAUUGCAGUCCACGAAGAGAUCACCAUCACAGAGAGCAAAGUUCAGCAAAGUUUGCAGCAACAGGACACUAUGGUAAAGUCUCAAAAACAGGCCAAGACUUCUCUGAAAAAGAAAGACAGAGUUGACAGCCUACAGAAAUCUAAAGAUGAAAGCGUAAAUGUGACAGGGGAGCUGACACAAAGGAAGCCUUCCAAGACUUUGACAGAAAGCAGAGAGGCAUUACAAAGAUGUGCAGAAACUCAGAAGUUGCUGUCUUAUAUCUCAGAGUUACAAGAAGUUACAGAGAAAAUGGACUCUAAGACUGUGAAGACAUUACUCAAUGAAAUCCCAGAGUGGCUUAUAGGGCCAGAGGAAAAGAAUAGCUUGGUGAAAGGUGUAGAUGAACAUAAUUUGGAGAAAAUCAAAGAAAUUGUAGCUCAUUUAAAACAUCUCAUUCAAGUAAAACUAAUGGAUGUUGAAAGAAAUGUUGCAACCACUGAAAAACAUGAAUGUGAAGCUACAUCUGAAAAAAUAGUUGCAGGCAAGGGUGCUCAAAGAAUUUCAAAAAUCACUAUAGACUCCAAAAAAGUAGAAGCACAAAAGAAAGUAGAGGAGAAAAAAAACACUCGUGAAAGUCGCAAGCAGCAAGGCAAGAGCAAAAAUCUUCCUGACCCCAGAUCACCAUCACCUUUAUUAAAAAUGCGUUCACCAUCACCCACAUUUAUCACCAUUGAAUCCACAAAAAGAACUGACUCACCCCAGAAACUAGUGCCAUCACCUACUCCAAUGCCACCUACUCCUCCACCACGGCGGUCUGAAACACCUACAUCACGUUUAAGCAGAGCUUCUCCAUCACCCACUCUAGGAAGAGCCAGCAGUCUAACAAGGCUCAGAGAAGCUACAGCUAAACUUUCUCGUGGACCAUCACCUGAUCCCAUGCAUCAUCCUGGGUCAGUCACUGGGAAGAGGUCUGACAUUGUGGAAAUUCCAUCCACAUUUCAGUGUCAAAUUAAAGCUGAUACUAAGCUUACUGAGGAUGUAAGGAUUCUGAAAGAGCGUAAAGUCUCUGAAAGUUCAGAGGAAGUGGCUAAACUUUUCCAGGGACCCUCACCCUCACCUGAACCUGAACCUGAACCUGUACAUCAUCCUGGGUCAGUCACUGGGAAGAGGUCUGACAUUGUGGAAAUUCCAUCCACAUUUCAGUGCCAAAUUAAAGCUUAUUCCAAACUUACUGACGAAGGAAGGAUUCUGAAAGAGCGUAAAAUCUCAGAAAGUUCAGAGGAAGUGGCUAAACUUUUUCAGGGACCCUCACCCUCACCUGAAACUGUACAUCGUCCUGGGUCAGUCACUGGGAAGAAGUCUGAGAUUGUAGAAAUUCCAUCCGCAUUUCGUUGUAAAAUUAAACCUGAUUCUAAGCCUGGUGAAGAAGGAAGGAUUCUGAAAGAGCGUAAAGUCUCUGAAAGUUCAGAGGAAUUGGCUAAACUUUUUCAGGGACCCUCACCCUCACCUGAAACUGUACAUCGUCCUGGGUCAGUCACUGGGAAGAAGUCUGAGAUUGUAGAAAUUCCGUCCACAUUUCAGUGUCAAAUUAAAGCAGAUACUAAGCCUGCUGAGGAUGUAAGGAUUCUAAAAGAGCGUAGAGUUUCUGAAAGUUCAGAGGAAGUGGCUAAACUUUUUCAGGGACCCUCACCCUCACCUGAAACUGUACAUCAUUCUGGGAGGAAGUCUGAGAUUGUAGAAAUUCCAUCCACAUUUCAGUGUCAAAUCAAAAUUGAUUCUAAGCCUGCUGAGGAUGCCAAGCUUCAAAAAGAGUGUAAAGACUCAGAAAGUUCAGAGGAAGCUGUCUCAGUAAAGGUGUCAUCAAUUCAACAGAAGACUCAGGAUGAACAGAAAAGCACUAGUUAUAUUCCUGAGCAUUUAAGGCUGGAUACAGAAGAAGGUGAACCUAAAGUACCAGAGACAGAAGGCUUCAGCAAAGUACCUGAUGUCCUAGAAUUCUCUGGCAUUGAAAGAGAAGGCUUAGACAGACCAGACUAUAACUUCAAGGUUGUAAAAGACAUUUUGGAAAUGUCUAAGCAAGGUUCCUCUGUGAAAGAAGAGAAAAAGAAACAGGAGGAGCAGGUGUCAAGAGUGAGCGAAAUCACGCCUCAGGAUUCAAAGCAGGAUCAACAGACAUUGAGGCAGAUCUCCCAACAGACCUCACCCCUACCUCUGCUCAAAGACGAAAUGCUGGAAAAGUCGGCCAAUCCGUGUGACUUUUCAGAGACAGAAAACAUUACAGAGCAUUACACCACUGUCGAUGAAGCUGGCACAAUGAUAACUGGGACAAGAAACACCACAACAAUAUCUAAACAUUCUGAGAGUGUUGUCUCACAGCAGGCUCCGAUCUCUUAUGCCGAUGCUGUGAAGAAAAAGGCUCCAGAGCUGAACAUAUCCCCUGAGGCCUCUGCCGAAGAAUUACUGAAAAAAUUUCACGAGAUGUGGACUGAGAGUGAGAGUGUGUUUAAAAGCCUAGGCUACAGUGUCUCAGAUUCGAGUUCCAAAGUCGGAGCUGUGCACAGUGUGUCGGACGAGAGUGUAUCCCAUGGAGGGUCUGAUAGCAGACAAAAAGAAGUUCCAUAAAUCCUGUUUUUUCUGUGAACACUGCAAAAAUAAAUUAAGCCUUGGAAACUAUGUCUCUCUCCAUGGACAUUUAUACUGCCCACCGCAUUAUAAGCAGCUCUUCAAAUCCAAAGGACAUUUUGAUGAAGGAUUUGGACAAAGGUCUCAGAAAGAUUUGCUGAGUGGAGGGAAUUUAAUGAAUGCCAUUUCGGAAGACCAUGAGUGCAGAUAUUCCCUUUCUCAAAGCAGCUUCAGUUCUGUGUCAGACAUCUAUGAAAAAGCAUCAAAGGUACAAGACAAAUCUGAUCAAACCCCGCAAAAAUUAAAUAGUUUAGUGUGGCCCCCUCACACCGAGCCGCCAAAGAAGCCCUUUAACAUGGACCAAGAUAUACAGUUAGUAAAACCAGUGUGGCCUCCCAAGAGUGAGUCUUCAAAGUCUCCAAAACACCAGCGACGGAAAGCAUCACAGAUUAUUACAAUUCAUCCAUAAGACAUUAAGGCUGCCUGGGUGCUUGAGGACUUCAACACAAGAAUGACAAAAGGAUCUGAGGAAUAUCUAAAAACAGGUGAAUAAAUACUAAAGAAUGAGCACUGAGAGCAAGGGAAUACUCUUUAAUGAAUCUGAGAUGGUAAUAAAAGAAAAAUGGAUGAUGUGGUCGGAGAAGGAAAGUGGUAAAUAUUGAUGAGGAUGUGAUGAGAAAGAAGAAUGACGUCAGUGGAAGGGUACUGAAGGGUUGUGCUUAUAAAGAAAUGAAAUGGAGAAGGAUGUGAAAUAAUGUGAAUGACAUUUUGAAUGUAGACUUGAAGAACGUAAUCCAGUAGCAUGCAAAUUCAUGAUUCACACUGCAUUUAAACUUCAUAGAUUAUAAUCAAAUUUAGUUGAUCAGAUAGAGAAAUAAUGGAAAAUGAAAUAGAUAACAAGGUGCCAUAUGCAAAGAUCUCAGUAUCUGCUGCACUAAACACUUUAGUGUUAUAUAAGAAUUAUAGCAUAUUGUAAACUGUUUUUACUUGGCAAAAAUACUGUUUCCUGUUUUUUUUUUUUUUUUUUUUUAUCUUUGACAGUGUCCAUGGAGAGAGUACAGUUAUCAUACAAAUUUUAGAUUUCCCAAUUUGCCCCUACUAUUUUUAUAUUCUGUCUAUGGUUAGAUUUUAUCAUGACUGUUUCUCCGUGUGAUCAUGCCUUUGGAAGCACCUGGGGUGCAGUGUAGCAAAUGAUUAAACUGAGUACAUACUUUUUCUUAUGUAAAUGUCAUAUCUAAUUGGUAUUUGUUUAUUUUGGUCACUGGUGUCCUACUCUAAACAGAAAAUAUUUUUAAAUGGACAUUUAUUUUUAGAAUAGUCUUUGUUUGUACAAGAGCAUUCCUGAUCGUUUAAGCAGGUCAGGCUGGUUCAUUGGUGCAUCUUGCAAAUUUCUUGAUCUAAGAAAAAUAAACAGCUCUUAUGAUCAAUGUAUAUAUUGUAUUCAUUUCCAAGGUGUAUAUUAAUUCAAUCAUCUUCAGAAAAAGCUUUAUCAUAGUCACGGUGGAUCUGGUGCCUAUCAUGGGAACACUGAGGGUGCAUCUCAUUUAGCGCCGUAAUUCAGUAUCCAGGGCACUGAUGAGAAAGUCUGCCUUUUUAAGGGCAGUCUUAUUUGAAAAAUCCUUCCAGUGCACUGAAACGGUCACUCCCUAAAGUCUUGCACAUUUGGUUUUCCAGCAUCUGAAUAUUUGACCCCUUUCCAACUGUGCCUACAUAAUGUUCAGAUCCAUCUUUUCACAGUGAAGACAGCUGAGGCACUCGUAGACAACGUAGACAACUCGUAACAGACAGAGGGAUAACUUUAGAACAGGAUAAUAAGAAUUUACUCUGAUCAUACUAACAUACUGUAUACUAGUAUAACUCUCUAGUCCUAUAUACUAUAUAUAAAAGCAAAGAAUGUGCAGGACCUCAAGGAUUUUUCUGAAGAACAGUGGAUAGUUUAACAGCUCAGGACAAUCAAGAUACUCAUGAUCAACUAUCACAAAACAUAAAAACAGUUGCUGAUCAUCUGCAUAACAACAUACAGUAUUAAGGAUCAAGGUUAAGUGGUUAAGGUGUGGGAAGGUUGUGAGUUCAAAUCCCAGAUCCACCAAGCUACCACUGCUGGCCCUUGAGUAAGGCCCUUAACCCUCAAUUGCUCAGUUGUAUAAAAAUUAAAAUAAGAAAAUUGUAAGUUGUUCUGGAUAAGGCCGUCUGCCAAAUGCCAUAAAUGUGUAAAUUCAGUUACAAUUGUGUCUUUUGGACUAUAAGUAAGCAUCUGUUUAUGUGAAAUAGCUUACUCAGGGCAAAACUAAAUACAAAAACAAAAGGCAAUUUUUAAUGUCCAUUUUAUUAUACAUACAUUAUAAAUAUAAAAAAUGUAUUCUGCAGGGCAUAACUAAACUUGUGACCUCAACUGAAUAGAAAGUGUAUCAUGUUAUAAUAUAUUUUAUUACAUAAUGUAUAAUAUAUUAAGAAUUUGAUCUCAUUGUUAGUGCUGUUCUUUGUUGACAAUCAUUCUGUAAGCAUGUGUUGCAUAUUGUGUUUAAUUCAGAGUGAAGCUGUAUGCUAUAAUCCUCAUUGCUGUGUAUGCAUAGGGGUCGAGUUAAUCUGGAUUUAGGGA